AUAAUAAUUUUAUAUUUCCUGUAAAAUAGUUAACAUUGGGUAUCAGACAUGAAAGGCCUAGGCACUUCGUCUUCAAAGCCGAUGAACCCUUCUGCGAGUCUAGGCCGGAAGUGAAACUACGGAACUCUCUUAACUGUAUGUAGUGUUAUUGCUCGCAAAAACAAAAACAAUCAUUCCCUAAAAGGUGUGUAACGAUAGUUGACGACGAUUUGAUUUUUUCUGAGUUAUAACAAAGUUUCAAACAUAAAAUAAUAUGUACAGAAAAAUGAUUUUUUUUUUUUUAAAUCUCAAGUAAAUCACAAUCCCAAACAAUUUCAGGAAAUCGAUUGCUCUUGAUUCUGAAGGCAACACUAGCGUUGCUAUUCGAUAAACAUAACAUAUAAUGCGGAAACAAAAUGGGAUUGGUAAAACGCUUUUGAUAGUUUUAAAACCGGAAGAAAAAGGUUUGCAAUGGAGAAUGAUAUCACCACGUAAAUUAUUUCCAUUAUUCCAUGCAUGUACCAAUGGCUGUCUCCUGAUUUAACUUUAGGCGGAACAAUUCUCACAAGUUCUCAUAAGUAUAUAUACAACAGGAAGAAAAUCAUUGUCGAAACUUAGCAGUAGUACAGCACAGCAUGGCAGGUGCUGGUCGCAGAGUCAGAGGGUCGUACGAUGUUGCUACAACCAGCAGGAAGCAACCAAUUGAUUCCAGCCAGCUACCUAUGCCUACCCCUCAUAACGUUCUAGAUAAGAAAAUAUCUAGAGGAUUUGACGAUACAUCCUCAGUUCACGAUGGAUUUAGAACAGCACCACGCGCUAAGAAAGCACCAGCCCCUCUUCCAAAAGAACCAUUAUCACUACCAAAUGAACCACCUCCUGCUCCACAUAUGUGUGGUCCGCCUCCAUUACAUUCUUUAAACGGUGUACCGCCAAGUUUCUACACAAAUUUGAUUAUGAACCAGGAAGAUACUAUUGAUAUGUAUACGUGUAAGAAGCACAGAGGUGAACCUUUAGAACAUUACUGUGAAACAUGUCACACAGCAGUAUGCAAUACAUGUAUGCUAUCCACACAACACAGGCGCCAUCUAUGUACCAUUCUGUCAGACGUAUUUGAAGAAAAAAGGGGAUAUCUUGUGACAUUUCUUAAGACAUUGGAAGAAAGUACAAUUAAAAAACUAGAAAGUCAACUAGGAUCUUCUGCAGAAAAUGUUACAAAAUACGAAGAAAAAGUUAGCUGUAUAGAAUCAACCAUAAAGUCGGAAAAAGAAAUGCUCAAGAACGAAAUUGAUCGAGCCUUUUGUGUAGUUGAAAAUGAACUGUCUGUUUUGAAGCAAAUAGAUAUGGGUAAACUUGAAAGUGAACAAGAAAAGGUGAGGUCUCAACUAAAAAGCGUACACAGCUUCAUAACAGAUGCUAAACGUCACUUAAAGGGUCAUGACAAAUUUCGUCUAUUACAAUUCAUGAAUGAACUUCCCUCACCUGAAGACAUGACCCGAAACUGCAUCUGCAUGAAAGUCGAACCACCAUCGUACGAGAGUGCAGAAAAGGAUUUCAACCUUUUGAAUGCUUUUUGUGGCACUAUCUGUCAAAGUAGAGAAAUGCCUGGUAACCAUAGUCCUCUCGUCUCACCGAGAUUUAUUCGGAGACUACAAAGGCAGAUGUCGCGAACACUAAUGCAUCUUCCAUUUGUGAUAAAAUCCUUUGAAAUCGGACAACAGUUGGAUUUGAAUUUAAGCCCUUGUAGAUCAAAACCAGACUGUAUUUGGGUUGGCUAUAAGCAAUGCAAAAUAGUUUUGAUCGAUAGCAAUGGGCAGAAAAUGAAAAAAUUCAAAUUUGGAUUUCACGUGGAAGAUUUUGCGGAAUCAAAAAGCAACGAAAUUUUCAUUACAUUAUUUAGGGAGCGAUACAUAAAAAAAUGUUCACCUAAGGGGAAAGUGAAAAAGUUUUUGGAAACUGGAGAUUGGUCACCGUCUGGUAUAAGCACGGAUCGGAAUGGUGACUUGCUGGUAUCUCUUACCAGGGACGGCAUCGGGAAGCUAAUGAGAAUAGGAAAGGAAAAGAAUGUUAUUCAAGAUGUCAUUCCAGAGCACAAUGGUGCAGCACUUCUCAGUAAACCCCACAGGCUGACAGAAAACGCGGAUCAUGCAAUUUGUGUCUUGAAUCUGCCGGACAGAAAAGUGGUUAUUCUUCACGGUAAUAUGUCAUUCAAAGCGGUGUACACGGGGUCAGGAGACAAUCAAAAACAGGCUCAGUUUUAUCCAACAGCAAUUUGUACGGACAAGCGAUGCCAUAUUUUAGUGGCAGAUCACAACAAUCAUUGUAUUGACUUGCUUGACAGAAAUGGAAAGUUUAUGAUGUACCUUGUUCGUGAGGAUAAGAUAAACAACCCUCGCUCACUGUGCGUGGAUGGAGACGGUAUGGCGUGGGUAGAGUAUUUGAACGGGAAAGGUGGAUUCAAGAUUCUAAUGUAUCUAUCUUAAUCAUCUGGAUAGAGCUAUCACAAAUACGAUUGAAGGUCAUGUUGGAAUAAAAACAAAAAAUUAAUGUACCAUCAAUAAUACUAGCAAUUGGCAGAAUUACAUUUCUGUAUUAUUAAUGUAGAGAAAAAGAUCAAGUAUUGUUUAAUUUCAGUUGUUCGAUACUUUUAGUAAACAAUAUAUGAUGUACAUAAAGUUCGACAUGUGUACAACAGGUGCAAGUGCUUGAAGAAGACCAUUGGUAUUCAUGCAUCCAAAAGAAGGAAAAAGUAACGUUAUCAUAAUUUGAAAGCGAAAACAAAUGUAAUAUAUAUCCAAUAUAUACUGGUUUUAUAGCAGGAAAUAUUGAAGUUUCAUUUAAGUUAUUUUUAGAAGAUAAGGACACAUGUACAGUUUUAAUGAACAGGAAAUAUUUGUGAAUGAGUUAUUAAUAGCGUAAGUGUACAACACAUACAGAUGAUUCUCAGAAAACUAAAAUUCAGAAAUGUUCAAUAAAUUUGAAACAUCUUACGAAAUAUUUCAAUUUUUCCACAUUUCUUAUUUGCAUUGUAUAAUUAAGAAAAAUUAAAGAAUUUUUACUUGCACA